UUUUAAUAAAGACAAAAACCUCUGAGAACCUAAUAUACCUUUACAGAACAACUCACAGAAAUCAACCAUCUAGUUAGUUUUAGCAAAUCAAGGACAGGUAAUGUACGUUUCUGGUAGAAAGUGCCCACAAUUCUAUACAAGGCGUCUAGCGUCAAUUUGAGGCUUGUAGAUGUAUCAUGGACUUGUAAUGAAUAAGAGCGGUACUUCCGCAGUGCGUUGCCUAUUCAACUGUACCUUUAUUUUAUCCAAUAAUAGGGGAAAAUACAUUUAACAGUUCAUGUGUAUUUCUGACCAGCAAUACUGCGCACUGUGUUUAAAAGCUUUAAGCUUUCAGGAAGUUUCGGUUGCCCAUCACUACCGCUCAUGUGAUCAACUACAGUACGGAAACCAAAAAGGACUAAGGACACGUGAGGAAACUCUUGACAUUCUCGUAAAGUUUUUGAACCAGGCGUUUUAAGUGUGGAUUACCGAUAGAAUCAUCAUGGGCCGCCUCGACGGGAAAGUAAUUGUUUUGUCAGCAGGAGCCCAAGGCAUAGGAAGAGCUGCAGCCAUUGCUUUUGCCAAAGAGGGAGCUCAAGUUACUGCAACGGAUAUCAAUGCAGAAAAGCUGAAAGAACUGGAUGGACUCCCUGGUAUCAAGACUAAGGUGGUGGAUGUGACCAAGAAGGACCAAGUGGAAGCUCUGGCCAAGGAGUUUGACCGCGUAGAUGUGCUGUUGAAUGUUGCUGGGUUUGUCCAUCACGGCUCUAUCCUCGACUGCAAGGAGGAAGAUUGGGACUUCACCAUGAACAUCAACAUCCGUAGCAUGUACCUCAUGAUUAGGGCUUUCCUGCCUAAGAUGUUGGCCAAGAAGUCCGGGAAUAUCAUAAACAUCGCAUCUGUGGUCUCCAGUAUAAAAGGUGUGGCAAACCGAUUCGUGUACGGCACAUCUAAGGCAGCAGUUAUUGGGCUCACCAAAUCUAUUGCAGCUGAUUUUCUUCAACAAGGGAUUCGCUGUAACUGCGUCUGUCCUGGGACAGUGGACACUCCGUCUCUGAGGGAGAGAAUCCAGGCUCAACCUGAUCCAGGACAGGCUCUAAAAGACUUCAUGGCGAGACAGAAAACUGGCCGACUAUGCACUGCAGAAGAGGUAGCAUACCUCUGCGUCUAUCUGGCCUCUGAUGAGUCUGCCUACGUCACUGGGACUGAACAAAUCAUUGAUGGAGGAUGGAGGCUGUGAAGAAUCUACUGUACCAACAACCAAGAACUAGAAAAAUGCCAUGGCUUAAUGUUAUUUAAAGCAAUACAUAUCUCAGUAGCAUGCAUUGUUAGACCCACAAACGUUUCUUAUGGGAUUCCCACAAAUGUGAUAAACCACAAAUGUAAUAAUAUUCUGCCGCUUUUAAUGUAAUAAUUAUUACAUUUGCAGGGAUUCAUUAUGUUUGUGGUAAAACAUUAAAAAAAUUCUAAUAACUUCCCACAAAUGUAAUAAAUCACAAUUGUAAUCAAAUCUGACUCUACAUUUUGUCAGCAUGUAUUAGAUUUUUGCCUACUUAGAUGGGUUUUGUGUAAAUUAAUGAGAAAUACAUCCCCAUCAUAUAUAUUCCGGAGGUCUUCAAGGUAUUUACUAAAAAGACAAGUGCAAAAAAAAAAAUACAGAUGGUCAAAAAUAUUGUCAUGUCACUUUUUUUUUUAUAACCAAUCAGAGUAACCCUAUACAAAAGCUUUAGUAUGAAUUGUCUUUAGUAUGAACUUUGGGUUCCCUUAAUUUUUUUUCAGCAGUGUAUAUCACUAUGUAUAUACUUAGAGAUGUAUAGUUGUGUUCAUAAGUUUGCAUACCGUUGGAGAAUUGGUAAUAUAUGUACCAUUUGUAAAGAAAACAUGAGUGAGCA